UUGGCCGCGGGCGGGGCGGAAGAGCGCGUUCCCCAGGAGACGGCGCGAGGGGAGGGGGCUGCGCGCCGGCCUGAGGGCGCACUUUGGUCAAAAAGAAGAAAUAACCACUAACAGCUGAAACAUACAGAUUGUGUCUUCCACUCUGGCUAGGCAGGAACAAUGGAGACUUCUGAUGGAGAAAGUUUGGAUGUAGCCACGCACCUUACUGUGAGGAAAUAGAGGCCUGAUGAGAAUCUCCAUGGAGCAGUCUUCUCAUCAGUGCCAUGGAUUGUUUUGUAGGUUGAACCUAGGAAGUUCUUCAGUUAUCUUCUCCACCACUUCUGAUGAGUUUGAUGCAGUUGUUGGCUAUCUGGAGGAUAUCAUAAUGGAUGAUGAUUUCCAGUUAAUACAGAGGAAUUUUUUGGAAAAGCACUACCAGGAGUUUGAUGACUCAGAAGAAAACAAGCUCAUCUAUACAGACAUUUUUAAUGAAUAUAUCUCUUUAGUAGAGAAAUACAUUGAAGAGAAGUUGCUUGAUCGGAUUCGUGGGUUUGAUAUGGUUGCUUUCACUGUGUCAUUGCAACAGCGCAAAGAUGAAAUGCCAGGUGAUAUAUUUGAUCUGCUUCUCACAUUUACAGACUUUCUGGCUUUCAAAGAAAUGUUCUUGGAAUACAGAGCUGAAAAAGAAGGUCGAAGUCUGGAUUUAAGCAGUGCAUUAGUGGUGACUUCAUUAAACCAUUAAACAAGA